CCUUUUUCUGUCCAAAAGAACGGAACUUUUGUAUAUAUUCGCAGGCUUCUAUGCUUAAUCAUUAUGCCAUGCUUGUGUUGAAUCCUUUGGUUAUCGAAUCAUCAGCAGUUUUUAGUUCAUAUAACCGAUUAAAAAAAAUACCCUUUCAAGUUAAAAAUCACACAGGAAAGCAAAUAUUUCUGUCACUGAUGGAUCCCAUGGAAUCGUCUGGUGAAGAGAACAUUGUGGAAGAGAGUCAUAAGCUGGUUGACUCAUUGGACAAGCUUCGUGUUAGUGCUGGCAGCUCUUCCUCCAAUUUCAAGAAGAAGCCUGUUAUUAUCAUUGUUGUUGGAAUGGCUGGCAGUGGAAAAACUAGUUUCCUUCAUCGUUUGGUCUGCCAUACCUUUGAUGCAAACAAGCGUGGGUAUGUGUUGAACCUUGACCCUGCUGUUAUGUCUCUACCUUUCGGUGCCAACAUCGAUAUAAGGGACACUGUCAAGUACAAGGAAGUUAUGAAGCAGUAUAAUCUGGGGCCUAAUGGUGGUAUUAUGACGUCACUCAACUUGUUUGCUACUAAAUUUGACGAGGUUGUCUCUGUGAUUGAGAAACGUGCAGACCAGCUUGACUAUGUCCUUGUGGAUACUCCUGGUCAGAUUGAAAUCUUCACAUGGUCUGCUUCUGGGGCUAUAAUCACUGAAGCUUUUGCUUCAACCUUCCCAACUGUUGUCACCUAUGUGGUUGAUACUCCACGUUCCACAAGCCCAAUCACUUUCAUGAGCAACAUGCUCUACGCCUGUAGUAUCCUCUACAAGACCCGGCUGCCUCUUGUCUUGGCUUUCAACAAAACUGAUGUGGCAGAUCACAAGUUUGCUUUAGAGUGGAUGGAAGAUUUCGAGGUGUUUCAAGCAGCGAUACAGUCUGAUAACUCGUACACAUCGACCUUGGCUAACAGCCUCUCCCUCUCACUCUACGAAUUUUACCGGAAUAUAAGAUCUAUUGGUGUUUCUGCAAUCACUGGUGCUGGAAUGGAUGACUUCUUUAAAGCCAUUGAAGCAAGUGCUGAUGAAUACAUGCAAACUUACAAGGCUGAUCUUGACAAGAGAAAGGCGGAGAAGGAGCAGUUGGAAGAAGAGCGAAGGGAAAAGGAAAUGGAGAAACUGAGGAAGGAUAUGGAGAGUUCUCAGGGAGGGACUGUGGUUCUAAACACUGGCUUGAAAGAUAGAGACGCAGCUGAGAAGAUGAUGGUUGAGGAAGAGGAUGAUGAUGACUUUAAGAUUGAAGAAGACAGUGAUGAUGCCAUAGAUGAGGAUGAGGAAGAUGAAGAGAUGAAUCGUUUCUACGUAUAAAUUAAACUCAAAAACUAAAUCAUUCAGACUUUAUCAAGUUGCUUCAACUCGUUUUGUUUGUGUCCUUGCCUUGCUUUCCCCGUUGUGUAGUUAAAACCAUGGAGCCUGAAUCUCUUUGUGAGACAUGGUCUAAUGAUCUAAUGAUUAUCAUAAACUAA